AUGAGUAAAGUUGAACCUUGUAAAGCAGAAGCUUGUGCAAUACAAAACUGUCUUCAAACUAAUGGAUAUAAUGAAAGUAAAUGUACUAAAUUAAUAGAUAAAUUGUACUUGUGUUGUAAAAAUUAUUACGAAAGUAAUGGUGCCGAACAGACAACUUGUUGUCCGAAGAUCAAUCUUUUACAGUUGAAAUUGAAACAACGAGAAUUAGGUCAGAUAGAUGCCGAGCUUAUCAAUACAGGGAGAAGGUAA